GACUAAAGGUUUGGACAAACAUGCAAGAGUUGCUACACCCUACAAAAAUAUCUGUGCAAGAGUGGAGCCAGUAUUAGAGACAAGCUGGAGUCACAUGGUUGGUGGGAACAGUUGCGGUGUAAUCGCUCAUGAGAACAACCCAACGAUUCAAGGCAACAUCUCAAAUCUGGCAGUGCCCAAGCAAGCAGCACACCUGUGGUCCAGACAGCUUUUACGAGCCCAGACAUGAGUGAUGCCGCGGAAGCUGUGGCCGCUAACCUCUCAAGUGGAAGAAACGUCACCAUUGAGCUCACCAACUACACCAAAAAGUGCUGUCUGGCCGAUCCCAAGGUUUACCUGGAAAAUGGGAAUGUCCACAUCCCGCCCCAGCCCACUGUUCGCCCGCUGAAAACCGAGUUGUGCAACUACAGCAAGCAGAAAGGCAAAGCCACCGGCGCAGUGGGCGUUAUGACCUAUGACAUACUGAUGCUUGGAAAGAAAGAUCCUGAUAAAAUCGCUAUUAUGUUCUCUGUUCCCUAUGACUAUAACUUCUACAAGAACUGGUUUGCCAUCGGAAUCUUCCCACAGAGCCAAGGAUGCAAUGAAGAUCUUUACAAAAAGAUGUAUUACAAGGAAGACGAGGCCUUUGUGCGGGCAGAGGCCAAAGGUAACUGCAUCAUGACUUCAAAUAAAGACGUGAUCAUCAAAGCAACCAUGUCCCCAUUGUCAGGGGCCAUCAUGAAGGUGGAGGUGUGGGACAUCAUUGAGGGGUUCUGUAAGAAGUAAAGACGUGGCUAAGUCAGGGAUUCAUUUUUCUGCUGUGCUUGAUAUGCUUUAACAUGUACGUGUUCCAUUGUACCAUCAUUUUGGAGAAUAAAUUCAUGUUAUG